AUGAAGAAGAAUUGUCCUGUUAUCCUUCUACGUGAUCUAGAUCCUUACAACGGCUUUUGUAAUGGCACCCGACUGAUCAUUAAAGGAUUCCAGAAAAAUUCUAUUGAUGCUGAGAUUGUAAGUGGACAGCAUGCAAGAAAGAGGGUAUUCAUACCAAGGAUACCAAUGUCACCUCCAGAAGAUCUUUCUCUUCCCUUCAAGUUCAAGCACAAGCAAUUUCCUGUCCGCUUGAGCUUCACCAUGACCAUUAACAAAGCGCAGGGCCAGACAAUACCCAAUGUUGGUAUCUACCUCCCCGAGCCUGUCUUUGCACAUAGACAGCUGUACGUUGCACUAUCUGAAGGUGUUUCUUGUGAGACGACGUGGGUUCUUGCUAGAAAGAACAAGGAUAUGGACCCCACUAGAAGAGGAACAAAGAACAUUGUCUAUAGAGAUGUUUUGGAGACUUAA